AUGCCUCAAAUUUCGCGUGGCGUCCAGCGAGCCGCCCAAAGUGUGGUGUCCUCCAGCGCCUUCUUUUGGGGCGUUGCUGGGGCACUCCUGACGGCGGAAGUCGCCUACUACUACACGGUGGUGUGGCUCCGGGCGCGGGCUCGGCGUCCGCGCGGCGCACUGCCCUCAACAUCUGGGGGAGACGCACCAGCCGACGCGGAAGGUGCACCCUCCGUGCGCCAUUAUUGGGGUCAGCUGCGUGACGCCGUCCUCAGCGCCCCACGUGCGUCGUUGGGGGACGCGGGCAGGCGUCUCGCUCCACUCGCGGUCGCGGACGACGUUACAGGCGUCGGCCUUCCAGACGCCCUGCGGGUUGUGUGGGAGGACCACGUGAGGUACGCCGUGGACGAGCGCGAGGUCCUCCGGUUGCUGCGGCGUGCGGUGAAGGGGCCCACCCUGACGGCUGAGGAGGAUCUCUUUGCGGCCGCCGCGUUGGCGUUGCUGUGGCGCCUGCAGCUUACCCGGGCAGUUCACACGGCGGUGGUAGUAAGCGGCGACGUUAGCCAAUGCAGCGGUGCUCUGGCUGACCUGGGCGACCACUCCACGACGUUUUACCGGGCGUUUAUCCGCCCCCUUGCGGGAGGCCCCGCCGCGUCUGCAGUUGCCGCCUGCUGGUUUUUCCUCUCAGAGGAACUGCGGCACCUGCGACGCCGACGACGCCGGCUGCAGCUGCAAAACACCUGGAGCCUGGCCAAAUACCUCUACGCCGGCUGCCGCGAGAAGCUGCUCUCGUCUGCCAUGAUGGGCCUCCUCACUGCCGUUGCGGCACACAGCGCAACGACGGGGCUGGUGGUGCGGGAGCAGGUUGAGCGUCUGCUGAGCGCUGCCCCAGGCCUGUCUCUGCCGCGCUCGCGCGGUGGCUGCCGCGGCGCAUCCUCCCACGCCACCGGAAGGGUCGUUGUGGGACUUUUGGCGUUUGAGUGGGCGCGCCUUGUCGCCACCGCCGCGGUGAUGCGUGUGACGGAGGAUUACAUCCGCACCUCCGCCUCGUCGCACCGCGAAUCCGUGAAGCGGCAACUGUACGAGGCGCUCGCCCACACGCCGCUGUCGUUCUUUGACACACGAGAGCAGGAGGAGGUGGAACAGCUUAUCUACUACGCCAACGACCUGGAGGGGGUGGAUGUGCAGGUGCACGACUACCUCGCGAGAUUCGUGCGUGCUGCGGCGAUGUUUGCGGCGGCUGCCGCGGCCCUGGACCGGCACAGUCGCGUGGUGGUUGUGGCGACGGUGGGGGCAUCCAGUCUGCUGACGGGCAUGUUAAACCUGCUGCGACGGAGGUGCGCCGAGGAGGCGCAGGGCGACAAUGUCGACGUCGAGGAGGAGGAGAAUGGAAACAUGGCCACCGACGGCGUGAUGCUGCGGGGGAUGGAAAUCAUUGAGCACAUCUACGAGCUGCGGCCGUAUGGGGCAGACGCGACGCUCAUGCGCUGGUGGACGGAGCGCACCGCGCAGGACCGCAAAGGGCCUGGGAUGGGGCGACGCAUUCUGCGCGUGGCGCUUUCCCUCCGUCGCUUGUGGAACAUUGACGCCCUCACCUCCCUGACGACGUGGCUGCUGCCGGCGAUUGUGACCGCCCAGGCGGCGGCGACGUGUCAGGCGCAGGGGGCUCUCAUGGAGGCCAUGCGUGCCGUGCAGGAGCUGCUGGACGAGGCACUCGACGCCCGCCGGCUGGGAGAGGUGGUGUUGAGCAACGCAUACAAGGCCAAUGCGCUGGAGCGGAUCAUCGACACCAGGCACUGGGAGCGGGAAGAGCCGCUGAAAGGCAGCUGCUGCGCCAUCGCCGUGAAUGGCAGCGACGACGCGGAUAACGUGGCAGCGCAGCGCGGGCGCGAGGCAGGGACGGGGGCGCUUCUGAGCGGGGACGUGGAGGUUGAGGUCCACCGCAUCCGAGCCGAUGGCCUGCAGUUCCAGUACCCAACCGCCCCCACCGUCAACGCCUUUCUUGCGCCCGCCUCAUUCACGCUGCAGCUGCAGGAUGACUUGACGGGGGCGGGGCGACUUGUCUGCGUCACCGGGCCGAGCGGCUGCGGGAAGACAACCCUGCUGCGUCUCCUCCUGGCCUUGUACACAACCGACGCCAACCGUUUGAUGCUGCAGCUGCGACAUCGCCGGGGCCUGGCGACGCAGGCGCAGACAAGUCACGACCGUGGCGGCGUGCAGGGCGGCAGUAAUGGCACCUGCGACGGCGACGACGAGGGAGAAGGCGGUUGGAUUCCGGUUGCAUCGCUUCCACGCAGACUACUCCGGGCCACGCUGUUCAGUUACAUGCCACAGACAGCCACCAUAUUCGCUGGUGCCACGAUUGCGCAAAACAUCACCCUACGGAGCCAGGUCUCGGUGGCAAACCUUGCGCUACUUUCGAGGGUGCGGAGUUGCGCGGAGGCGGCGGCGUGCAUGGACUUCAUCGGGCGCCUGCCGCAGGGGUUUCUCACCCCGUUGUCGCUGACGGCAGGCUGGGUGACGCCUGGGGGUGUGCGGCUGAGCUGUGGGCAGGGGCAGCGACUGAUGCUGGCCCGGGCCCUGUACCACGGUGGCGGGGUGCUGCUGAUGGACGAGCCCACCGCGGGGCUGGAUGCGGCGUCGAAGGAGGCCGUCAUGACGCAGCUGAUGGAGUUACUACGGUCCAAGCGACUGAGCGGGGCACUCUGCGUGACGCACGACGCGGAGCUCCUGCAGCGGGCGCAUCAGGUUGUUCGACUCUAA